CCCCUAGACCUUCUCCACGCCUGCUCCAUGUCCUCUUCCCAUGUCUCCUCCACAUCUCCCCUCUAUGUCCCCCCGUACCCCCUCCAUGUCCCCUUUGUGUUCCUUCUAUGUCCCUCUUGGACCUUCUCCACAUCUCCAUGUCCCCUCCCCAUGUCCCCUCCAUGUCCCCCCCGUGUGGGUCACAGGGCUCCGGGGACAUCCAUGCCCAGCUCCGGCUGCGGCUGUGGCUGGGACUAGUGGCCCACAGCGGGGACUUGCCACGGCUCCUGGAGGGCACCCUGCGCGUCUACGCCGAGACGUAUGAAAACCAGACCAAGCUACUGGGCAAGUGGGGUCCCCGGGGGCUUCUGGGGUGCCCCAGCUUCUCCGACAGCGCCGGCAAAGUGGGGGUCCCCCGGCACCGAAUCCGUCCCCCCAAGGGCUGGCGCUGGGACGGAGCCUGGACCGUGGAGCCCCAGCGGAGGCUGCUGCUGGACACGGAGACCAACGUGAGCGAGGUGCUGGAGGAGGUCUAUGAGAAUGAGAGCCGGCCACUCGGUGGCCAGUGGCAACCAGCCACCGUGGCCACCACUGAUGCUAGCGGCGCGGCGGUGCCACCCAAGGAGGAGGUGGCAUGUCCCCAGGGUUGGCACGUCACCGAUGGCUGGCGGGUGGACGUGGCGGGGGCCGUGGAUGAGGCUGGUUGGCAGUACGGGGUGAGUGUGGCCACCGGUAGCCCCCCGCCAUCGUGGCACGCCACCGAGAAGACCUACCACACGCACCGGCGCCGGCGCUGGCUCCGCACCCGCCACAGGGACCCUGGCGCCCAGGGACGGGAGCAGGACGUGGCCACCUUCCUCCGGCUGCACGGGGCGCACAGCCCCGAGGUGGUGGCAGAGGCCGAGGGCUGGGAGUACGGGUCCCUCUGGGGGUCCCGCUUCCACCUCCGGCCCCGGGCGGGGGACGUGUGCCGGCGGCGCUGCUGGCACCGGCACAUGGUGCCCACCCAGAGCUCAACCGUGGCUCCCCUCUUCCUCCUGGAGGGAUCCCUGGGCACAGAGGACCCGGCCAAGGAGGACGAGCCGGCUGGGGCAGAGCGACAGGCACGGGGCUCAUCCCGGACCCCCUGGCAGCAGCCCGUGCCCUUCAUCCUCUGCACCUUCCAGCGACCCAACUUCUUCCAGCUCCGCUGCUACGUCUUCCAAGCGCUGGAGCUGGCACCCCGUGGCACCAAGACCACCGCAGACCCCGUCGCCCACGUCUCCUUCCUGCACGUCAGCCAGAGCACCCGGGCUCUCCCUGGCACCCUGGACCCCCUCUGGGACCAGACGCUGCUUUUUCACCGGGUGCUGCUCUACGGGGACCCCCGGGGGGUCCAGGAGGAGCCCCCCGUGGUGGUGGUGGAGGUCUUCGACCAGGACAGAGGGGGUGCCGGUGGUUUCCUGGGGAGGACCAUCUGCACCCCAGAUGUUUGGCUGGAUGUGGGGCGCCGGCGGCCCCCCCGGCUUUGGCGGGUGGUGUGA